AUGUACAAGAACAAGGUUGAUCGGAGUGACUGCAAUAACUCCAGGGGAAUAUCACUGCUGUGUACUGUUGGAAAAGUGCUCGCGAGAAUUGUUCUGCGAAGACUAAAGAUCCUGGGGGAUCGCGUUUACCCAGAGUCCCAGAGUGGCUUUCGUGGGAACCGAUCUACCACUGAUAUAUUAUUUUCAAUACGUCAGUUGCAGGAAAAAUGCCGCGAACAAAAUCAACCACUGUAUGUUGCUUUUAUUGAUCUUACCAAGGCAUUUGAUUUGGUUAGUCGAAAAGGUUUGUUCAAUGCACUGAGGAAGAUUGGGUGUCCACCUACUCUACUGAGUAUUAUUGAGUCGUUCCACACAGGUACGAAAGGUACAAUCAACUUUGAUGGUGAAACAUCAGAAAAAAUACUUGGCCUUAAGUGGCAGGACAAAGUCACAAACACUGAGGUACUGGAAAGAGCAGGUACUACAACAGUCUUUUCCUUGCUCAAUCUACGAAGGCUCAGGUGGCUGGGUCACACCUGGAGAAUGGAGGAUGGCAGAGUCCCAAAGGACAUCUUUUGUGGUGAAUUGAAGACAGGAAGAAGAUGUCGAGGCCGACCUCUACUACGUUAUAAAGAUGUAUGCAAGCGAGACAUAAAUGAUACAGGUAUUGAGGCGGACUCAUAG